UGACUGAAGCGAGCCCAGCCCCUUGCAUCCUCCCCCUGUGAACCUCCCUCCCCUUUUUUUCCGUCUUCUGCCAGCGCGGUAGCGGCAGCCGCAGCACCUGAGCCGCUGCUGCGACUCGUUGUGGACAACGCUAUGGCUGAGCCUGGGCGCAGCCUCCAGCCCUCUGCCCGAGGCAGGGGAAGAACUGAGCGGCGCACACUCCGGCUUCUGCGGCUGCUGCUCUGGGUUGGGACCGCUUUCCAGGUGACUCAAGGAGCGGGACCGGAGCUCCAUGCCUGCAAAGAGUCUGAGUACCAUUACGAGUACACCGCGUGUGACAGCACAGGCUCCAGGUGGAGAGUCGCCGUGCCGCAUACCCCAGGCCUGUGCACCAGCCUCCCCGACCCUGUCAAGGGCAAAGAGUGCUCCUUUUCUUGCGACGCCGGGGAGUUUCUGGACAUGAAGGACCAGUCGUGUAAGCCGUGUGCUGAGGGCCGCUACUCCCUCGGCACGGGCAUCCGGUUCGACGAGUGGGAUGAGCUGCCCCACGGCUUUGCCAGCCUCUCAACCAACAUGGAGAUUGAUGACAGCACCACUGAGUCCACCGAGAACUGCACAUUGUCCAAGUGGGUUCCCCUGGGCGACUACAUCGCCUCCAACACAGAUGAGUGCACGGCCACGCUGAUGUACGCUGUCAACCUGAAGCAGUCGGGCGCUGUCAACUUCGAAUACUACUACCCAGACUCCAGCAUCAUCUUUGAGUUUUUUGUUCAGAAUGACCAGUGCCAGCCCAAUGCAGAUGACGCCAGGUGGAUGAAAACCACAGAGAAAGGAUGGGAAUUCCACAGUGUCAAGCUAAAUCGAGGCAAUAAUGUCCUCUAUUGGAGAACCACAGCCUUCUCAGUGUGGUCCAAAGGUUCCAAGCCUGUACUGGUGAGAAACAUCGCCAUAACAGGGGUGGCCUACACUUCAGAAUGCUUCCCCUGCAAACCUGGCACAUACGCAGACAAGCAGGGCUCCUCUUUCUGCAAACUUUGUCCAGUCAACUCUUAUUCAAAUAAGGGAGAAACUUCUUGCCACCAGUGUGACCCUGACAAAUACUCAGAAAAAGGAUCCUCUUCCUGCAAAGUGCGCCCAGCCUGCACAGACAAAGACUACUUCUACACGCACACAGCCUGUGAUGCCAAUGGAGAGACACAGCUCAUGUACAAAUGGGCCCAGCCGAAAAUCUGUGGCGAGGAUCUCGAGGGGGCGGUGACGCUGCCCGCCUCCGGUGUGAAGACCCGCUGCCCGCCUUGCAACCCGGGCUUCUUCAAAACCGACAACAGCACCUGCAAACCCUGCCCUUACGGCUCUUACUCCAAUGGCUCCGAUUGCAGCCGCUGCCCAGCUGGGACUGAACCUGUUGUGGGAUUCGAAUACAAAUGGUGGAAUACGCUGCCUACGAACAUGGAAACGUCCGUCCUCAGUGGGAUCAACUUUGAGUACAAGGGCAUGACAGGCUGGGAGGUGGCCGGUGAUCACAUUUACACAGCUGCCGGAGCCUCAGACAACGACUUCAUGAUUCUCACUCUGGUUGUGCCAGGAUUUAGACCUCCACAGUCAAUGACGGCGGACACUGAAAAUAAAGAGGUGGCCAGGGUCACAUUUGUCUUUGAGACCAUCUGUUCUGUGAACUGCGAGCUCUACUUCAUGGUGGGUGUGAAUUCUAGGGCCAACACUCCGGUGGAGACAUGGAAAGGUUCCAAAGGCAAGCAGUCCUACACCUACAUCAUUAAGGAGAACGCGACCAUGAGCUUCACCUGGGCCUUCCAGAGGACUACUUUCCAUGAGAUAGGCAGAAAGUACACGAGUGAUGUCGCUAAGAUCUACUCCAUCAAUGUCACCAAUGUCAUGGAUGGGGUGGCCUCCUACUGCCGUCCCUGUGCCCUGGAAGCCUCUGACGUGGGCUCCUCCUGCACCUCUUGUCCUGCUGGCGACUACAUUGAUCGGGAUUCAGGGACCUGCCACUCCUGCCCCCCUGACACAGUCCUCAUAGCCCACCAGCCCUAUGGAGUCCAGGCCUGUAAGCCCUGCGGCCCAGGGACGAAGAGCAACAAGAUCCACUCUCUGUGCUACAACGACUGCACCUUCUCAGUCAGCACACCAAGCAGGACUUUCGACUACAAUUUCUUGGCUCUGGCAGACACCGUCUCUCUGGCUGGAGGACCAAGCUUCACUUCCAAAGGGCUGAAAUAUUUCCAUCACUUUACCCUAAGUCUCUGUGGAAACCAGGGUAAGAAAAUGUCCGUGUGUACCGACAAUGUCACUGACUUCCGGAUUCCGGAGGGCGAGUCAGAUUUCUCCAAAUCCAUCACAGCCUACGUGUGCCAGGCGGUCAUCAUUCCCCCAGAGAUGACAGGCUACAAGGCUGGAGUGUCCUCACAGCCGGUCAGCCUCGCUGAUCGACUUAUCGGAGUGACAACAGAUAAGACUCUGGAUGGAAUCACUGCCCCAGCUGAACUUUUCCACCCGGAGUCCUUGGGAAUACCAGACGUGAUCUUCUUUUACAGAUCCAACGAUGUGACUCAGUCCUGCAGUUCUGGGAGAUCAACCACCAUCCGCAUCAGAUGUAGUCCACUGAAACCUGCCCCGGGAAGUCUGUCACUUCCAAGCACGUGCUCUGAUGGGACCUGUGAUGGCUGUAACUUCCACUUCCUGUGGGAGAGCGCGGCCGCUUGUCCGCUCUGCUCAGCCGCUGACUACCAUGCUAUCGUUAGCAGCUGUGUGGCUGGGAUCCAGAAGACUACUUAUGUGUGGCGAGAACCAAAGCUAUGCGUGAGUGGCAUCUCCCUGCCUGAGCAGAGAGUCACCAUCUGCAAAACGAUAGAUUUCUGGCUGAAAGUGGGCAUCUCUGCAGGCACCUGUACUGCCAUCCUGCUCACCGUCUUGACCUGUUACUUUUGGAAAAAGAAUCAAAAACUAGAGUACAAGUACUCCAAGCUGGUGAUGAACGCUACCCUCAAGGACUGUGACCUGCCAGCGGCUGACAGCUGUGCCAUCAUGGAAGGCGAGGACGUGGAGGAUGACCUCAUCUUUACCAGCAAGAAGUCACUCUUUGGGAAGAUCAAAUCAUUUACCUCCAAGCAGCCAGCUCCUGUCACCAUCUCUCUUUCAGAGGACGCCUGAUGGAUUUGACUCAGUGCCACUGAAGACAUCCUCAGGAGGCCCAGACAUGGACCUGUGAGAGGCACUGCCCUGCCUCUCCUGCCUCCUCGCCGUGGCACAUCACCUUGCAAGCCUGUGACAGUUUGGGUGCCAGCUUCCUGCAACACCCACUGCUGAAAAAUCUCUUCAUUGUGGCCUUAUCAGAAGUGAAUUUCAGAUCUUUGGGGUUUUUUAUAUAGAGUACCCAAACACUCCUGCUUGCCUCCAACCUGCCAAAUAUACCCACAUUUUGUUUGUAUAUUACUCCCUUGACUGCCUCUUGUUUCCCAAAAUGGUCCAGCCGCAGAGCCAUAGCUACAUUUGUUCCUAAUUCUUAUAGCUCUGGAAUGAAAAGAUUUCUCUCUUCUGAAGAAUAGAAACUACUUCCUCUGCCCUCUCAUUUAAGGCCAGAAGCAGCUGGGAGUUUCCCCAAUCAUAUGCCCUGGGCUCAUGAUCUCUUUAGGGGAGAGGAUGAGUGAGGAGGGUAUCGGAGUUCCCCAGAGGACCGUCUUCAUGGUUGCCUGGAUUCAUCUCUCCUGGGUUACCAGCUCAGACUGAGUGUAAUGGAUAGGCUGAGGGCCAGGUGAGCAAGGCCUGGGCAAGAAAAGGCAAUAAUGAAGGUUUGGUUUUGUUCUUUAAACUUCAUUCCCUUUCCUUAAGUAAGUGAUAAAUAUUCUUACUGGCGCCAAAAGAAAAGUUCAUUGAGAAAAUACCCAAAGGGCUGGCGAGUUUAUUUUCUCCAUUUUUUAAAAAUCUCCCACUAAACUAUCUUCCAGUAACACUAAAGAGAACCAGGUAAGCCCCAAACUUGGAUGUUCUAGCCUUAUUAUAUGUUUGUCUUUACCCACAGAAAUGACAAACCCUGCCAAUGAGGAAAAGUCCCUAUCCCUGAAUGCCCCAUUCCUAGAGGCUUGGGUUAUAUCAUGAAACAUAUUUUGAAAGGACACAAGAGGCCAAGGUUUUAAUGGGGCCAUACUGAGAGAUCCAGCCCAGUGAGAUGGACCUGAGGUGGCUAUGUCUGCUUCUGAGCUUUUAGUCUGCUCAGCCAUGUUGAAUAAACAAUGUCUAGGUUAGCCGAAAAAGGACCAUAUCCCAGCAACAGAACAAGAUCAGUCUUCGAGGCAGAAAGACUAAGGGAGUUAAACACAGUGUUCACCAAACUGGGACACAUCGCACUUUCAAGCCUGUCCUUCCCUUUUCUUUGUGUGUUAAAACACUAAAAAGACUUCUGGCCCCAAUGUCUGGCAGCAUCCUUUUGAAAGGUGAGUAAAGCUAGUGUUCUCUGUGCCCCUUUUCUCCACUUUUACACCAAAUAUAAUCAAUGAACUUUAACUAGAAUGGUAAAACCAGAGCAAGAGUUUAAAUUUCCUUUUGCUUUCUACUACUGGCAAUUCUCCCUCCCUCCCUAUCAGGCUAGAAUGACCAUCCCUGGGUCAAGGACCCAGGUGCCCAGGGUUUGUGCCUCUUCUCUCAAGUGGCCAUUUGGUAAUCAGAUGGUAGGUAUAGAAUGGAGAUAGCAUUUCUAAGUCGUGCGUCUGCCAAGAGAUAGCUUGCUGGUCUUCUUAGCCAUUGCCGCCCCGGCAGUCGUCUUAUAAAAGGGUCAGUGAGAACUGGAGCCCUGCCGUGACUUCUGGCCAACAACAGCAUCACUGAAGGCAGGCAGUCCCUUUGAUUCAAUAAAUCUAGAAAUUUUUCUUAGGGUUUUCAAAUCCUCCCUCCUCACAGGAGCUGUGGCCAUGUUGGAAUUUCUCCAAAUGGAUGCAAAUAGCUAGCUCCUUAGCUCCAGCCUAAGGUUUUUCUGCGUCCUCAGCAACACCCUGGGCAUCAGCUUGCCAACUACAUAACUUGCUUUUGUGACAAAGCCCACAGAACAUCCUUAGACUAUUCUAGAAGCUGUAGGACAAAGUACAUACCCCGGUGGCUUCUUUAUUGUGACAUCUUGAAACUGAGUGCUCCCAGAGCAAUCUCUAACUCCACUGAUUUAGUCAUAAUACUUUAAGGAUCUCCUUUUUACUGUCCCUUAGUGUACCAACUUUUGUGGUUCUCCUGGGUCCUUCCAGGAACCCCUUAGUUAUGCUAUCAGGGUCAUCUAUUGCUCCCCUAGCAACUUAGACACAUUAGAUAUAUUUUUUCACAGCUCUUUUGAGAUGUAGUUCAAAUCUCUAUACAAUUCACUUAUUUAAAAUUUACAAGUCAAUGGAUUUUAGCAUACUCACAGAUAAUGUAUCCAUCACCAUAAUCAAUUUUAGAACAGACACAUUAGAUGGUAUAUAUGAAAAGCCUUUAGCCCUUAAACUAAGGCUAUAGUGGUUUGCAUAAGCUACUGAGGGAGGGAGUAUGGGCUCAGGAGAUAAAAGAUUUAAACCCCAAUUGAUUACCUAAAGUCCUAGAACACACAAGGAUCUCUCCUCAUGUAGGUGUCACCUGUAUUUGGCUGGGAACACAAAUGAAGAUUGUGGUGUAUUCAAGGACCAGGAGAUUUCUUAUGCCAACAAAACGCUUUUUUAGUUGUUUUUUUUUAGUCUGACUCAACAUUAAAGAUAAGACUGACUAUAUUUA